AUGGCCAGGCUGCAGGCGCUGAUACAGGGGGUUCUGAGAGCGCUGUUGUGGCGGGCACUACAGGCACUGCUCUGCCGGCACCGUGCGCUCAUCUCUGCGCCGCGCGUGCGUCCGAGCACCUGGAGCUGGAUCUGGUGGCUGCCCAAGCCUCUGGCGAACCGUGGGAACCCUCGUCGCAGUCCGGACCCGCACCUGCACCCGCAUUCGCACGGAUACCCGCACGGGGACCCCGCGCUGGGAGCCAUGCAUCCCGGGCUGCGCUGGCACUUGGACGGACGGACCCUGCAUAAGCUGCCUGUGCACCUGGGCCUGCUGAUCACCGAGCUGGAGCACAGCUUCUCGGACGUGGCGAGCAUCGUGGUGUGGUGCGUGGCCGUAGGGAUCUCCUACGUUAGCGUCUACGACCACCAAGGUAUUUUCAAGAGAAACAAUUCCAGACUGAUGGAGGAAAUUUUAAAACGACAAGAACUUUUGGGCUUAGAUUGUUCCAGAUACUCAGUAGAGUUGGCAGAGAGUAAUGACAAAGACGGUUUAGUUUUAAAUUGCGGGUCGGCAGUGCAGGUGCUGUCCCCAGAAGACGGAAAAGCAGGCAUUGUGCGAGCGGCCCAGGACUUCUGCCAGCUGGUGGCGCAGCAGCAACGGAGAGCCACGGAUCUCAACGUGGAUGUGUUUGAUGACUUGCUUCGUUCCCAAGGCUUCCCGGAUCCGGAUUUAGUACUGAAGUUUGGUUCUGUGGACAGCACAUUAGGCUUUCCACCCUGGCAAAUCAGACUGACUGAAAUAAUCUCCUUGCCUUCUCACCUGAACCUCAAUUACGAGGACUUCUUCUCCGCUCUUUGUCUGUAUGCCGCGAGUGAACCGCGUCUGGGAAAGUAG